AUGGCAGACACUCGCGUCAACAUGUUUACGGAUUCAAAAGCCCUAGUGAAACAACACCGCGAGUUCAAACUCCAGACUGCGGAGCAACAUGCUUUUGUCGAGAAAGUUCUCGAGCUACUUGCUGUAAAGGAUCAAGCAUACGCAGACCUCCAAGCCGACCUGAAUGACCAGACGGAGAGCCGUCGCCGCUGGCAAAACCGUGCAGUGGACGUUGAAUCACGCAUCACAAGUGUACAGCAUAUCCUCGUGCUCAUCGACGGAAACCAGCAUUUCUUCAAGACCGAUUUCAUCCGAGCAGGCACUGCAGGCGCACAAGAGGCGGUCAGGACUUUUAUAUCCAAGGCAAAAGAAGUUGCGAGGGCACAGCACAAGAAUGACCUGCCUGAGAACAUAUCUCCAGUAGUGCACAUUUUCUCUGAUAUUGGCCGGCUGGCGCAAGAUCUCUCUGCGGCGAGUCUACUACCGGACCCGGACCAACUAUGGACAUUCAUCCAGGAUAUCUGCAAAAUCGAGCCUGGCAUCACAGUCAGCGACUGCGGUUCCGGACAUGAGGCUGUGGAUGUAAAGUUGAAAUACUUCUACGAGCUCUAUAUUGAGAACUGUCACUGUAGACAUGUUUUCCUUGCUUUGGGACAACAUUCUGAUUACUACAACAUCCUCCAGCUCUACAGCGACGACGACUACACUAAAGGGAAGACAUCCUUGGUACGCCCAUCGCAAGGAUUCGUCCCGGGACACAACGUACCAUUCCACUCCAUUGAAUUCUCUGCCUUCGACAGCGUUCCAAACCCCUCAGCAUUCUCCAGUCAGACCUCCAGGCCAAUCAACGGUCAGACACCGACAGGUCAAUGGAGUACGCAUGUUGAAGGCGAGACUUCUGCAACUCUACGAUCCUUAAAGACGAACGGAAAUCAAUCAUCAACUUCCCGGAACAGUGAGCAACCCCUUCUGAAGUCUCGAAGCGUAGCACCGAGCCCACGGUCAGAGCUUGUGUCUGGCCCCAGGCAGCAGACUGCUGACAUACCGUCCGAAGGCAUGAAUGGCACAUCAAAAGAGCCAGAAGACGAAAGUUCAACUGGCGUAGUUAAACUGGACUCGGCACAUUCGUCAUCGCAAUCUAACAAGGCUGCUGAGCAGAGCUGGGAAACGAGCAUGACCGAAAACACCUACGCUCCGCUACCAAUACAAGGUGCUUGGGGUGAGGAGAUGACAAACGGAACCAACAGCCACAAAGAGUCGAACACUUGGGCGACCGAGACUCGACCGCCGCAGAGAUACAUGGGACGGGGCAACGAUAAUGCAAACGGUCGCGCAACAAAGUCAGCAAGGAGACAGGAACCCCCAAGAUCAAAAACGUUUUCACGUCCGCAAGGACGGGCCCCGAGGCAAUUUCAAGGCUCGUGGGACGAUAUGGUAGAGCAAGAGGCCUCCCAACGAUUUCAACAAACUUCACCACAAGCCAUACCAGAGCCACGAGCGGCCUCGAGAGCAAGCAGCUCCGUUGCUCCCGCAUUCACAAAGAAAAUUCCGAGCAUGCCAGAGCCUCAUCCUGAGCGACGUCCCGUUUGUUCACCAAUAGCGCUCAACAGGCUCGAUCAACGCAUCGAUUUGAAACUCCCGAAGCCCUCUCUGGAGGACCAGGAACGGUUCGAUAUUCGUUCGCGCAAUCGUAAACUGUGUAACGAGCAUCAUCUGCGUUCAAAUUGCAACAAACCACGCUGUACCUAUGAUCAUGAGUCAAUCGUUGACGGCGUGUACCUUGCCUUGAGAAUCAAGGCACGUAAAAUUCCUUGCAGCAUCGGUCCAAAUUGCCGACGUCAUGAUUGUUUUGGAAGUCAUCAUUGUCCCAACGUAUCGCACUCGUCGGCUUGCGGAAGACCCAAUUGUCCAUUCGAAGCCAGAGGCAUGCAUGGUGUGACGGAUCUGGAAAUCGUGCGAACAAUUGAGCCGGCAGCAGCCGAUGAAGCCUAGACAUUCACAAAGGCCCGAGUGUGCUAUCGAGGGAACGACAGAUCAUUGGUUUGGAAGUCGAUCUUGUAUCGCGCGUGGCAUUGACCAAUGCUGCUCGAGGGGCUAGACUUGUGAGAUUGGGUUGUGGUUGUUGUAAGUCUAGGCUGACGCAGCCCAUUGAAGCAAGGUUGAGCGAUGUUGGUGGAACGCGUCUUUUAUACCUUGGACAUGGAGCCCAUGAGGAGGCGUCUGAUGCUCGUAUUCAAAGGAAGUCAUUGGUUCUCGUGCGAAUGAAUCAAGGGGUUCGCUGACACCGUUUGUCUCCUGCU